AGGGAAAAGGGGUUUUAGUAGUUUCCAUAUUAAUUAGAAUCUAAGUAUAAGUUACGUGACAAACGUGCUUAUUACUAUAUAGGCCUUGUUAAAUCGCACUUAGUUAGUCAACAACCAACAAUCAUUUAAUUCCGUCAUUCUCCAAUGACGCAAAUGUGUUCAUAUUGUGUAUUGAAUGGAAUAUAAUACAAAAUACACACAUGCUCUUUGUACUUUUAUAAACCAGACAAAAUCACAAAUUCAAAAGAAAUGUGAACUGCAUAUGAACUUUAUACAAAAGACUACAAGCAAAAAAAAAACAAAAACAACAACAACAACCUUUCAAGCCUUAAAUAGUGCUAGACAUUAAUAAUUCCAUGGUGCUAGUGCCAGUGCCAUUGCACCCUGACCUUGAUUUAAUCUUCUUCGUUGGUAUCUCGAUUACGGAAAACGAUGACGACAACGAGAGUCAAUAAAUCGAAAACGAAAUAAAUAGGAAGGUACCUAGUUCGGUUGAAGAUUUGGCACAGGUAAUUAUACCUGUUUAAGUGGAAUCAUGAGUUUGAGAGCAUAGGAAAGGGAAGCGAUAUAGGUAACAGUGUAGACUUAGGUAGACAACAGAGAGACAACAAACAGCAGGUAAAAACAAACCAACAGCAAUUACUCCCAUUUACAUAUGUAUGUAUGUACAUGGAACAUGGGACUCUGCUUUAUACAAAGAAAACAUAAACACUGAAGCAAAGCAAAGCGAAGGCCAAUUUAUAUCAGUUUUCGUAUUUUAUUAUUAUUAUUUUUUUAAAUUUAGAGUAUGUGUAGUUUCAAUGGCAAUAAACUUUUCGAAUGCCAAACCAAAACCACGAAGAGAAAAUCAGGAGGAUCGAAUAAGGGACAAAAAAAGCAUGAACCAAAACACGGAGCCAAACAAAUUACACAUGAUGUAGCAAACGCAGCAGCAGCAGCAACACCACCAUCAGCAGCAGCAGGAGAAGAACCAGCAGAAGCAGAAAACUACGAAAAACGAGAUUACGACGACGACGACUACGACGGACGGCGACGACCCAACGAUGAGCAAAGCAGUACAGGGGAGAGAAAAAUCAAUAUUUAUGAAGGAAAAAAGAAUGGUCUGAGUGCAGCAGCAGCAGCAGCACUACAUAACACACAAAGGGUGGAUUUUUAUGGCUGAUAAUGAAGAUUAUUAUCAAAAAAAAGAAGAGACUCCAC